CCACCUCCCUCAGGGCUACUAUACGGCUACCAAUCAGGAGGUUCCUAUAGACCACGCUCACACACGAGCCUCGCUUCUACGAUUGGCUGCAAUGUCGAACAGCCCCGCCCUUCUUUGCUGUCGCUCCCUGAUUGGCCGCACUGACAUGUUGAGGGAAGUUGUAGAGGAUCCAGGCUGAGGUGCCGGGGAAGCAAUGCUGCGGGCGGGAUUCGGGCUCCUUGUUCUCGGUCUUUGCUGCACCUGGUGUCCGGGCCAGGGGAAUGACGAGACGGCGGAAUACGUGACGUGCGGAUCCGUGCUCAAGCUGCUCAAUACCCGCCAUAACGUGCGGCUCCACUCCCACGAUGUCAAGUACGGCUCAGGAAGCGGCCAACAGUCCGUCACCGGUGUGGAGGCUUCUGAUGAUGCAAACAGCUACUGGAGGAUAAGAGGCAAAAAAGAUGGAGAGUGUAACCGCGGGGAACCUGUAAAGUGUGGCCAAACUAUCCGCCUUACUCAUGUGAACACAGGGAAGAACCUCCACUCACAUCACUUCUCCUCCCCUCUAUCCAACAACCAGGAAGUAAGUGCCUUUGGGGAUGAUGGGGAAGGAGACGACCUGGACACAUGGACUGUGCAGUGCAGUGACACACGGUGGGAGCGUGAAGAUACGGUGCGCUUCAAGCAUGUCGGGACCAAUGUUUACCUGACUGUUACUGGGGAGCAAUACAACCACCCCAUCAGGGGACAGAGAGAAGUGCAUGGGAUCACAACUGCCAAUGCCCAUAACUACUGGAAAGUCAUGGAAGGAGUGUUCAUCAAACCAAGCCUUCCUCCUGGCACAGGCAGACACGAUGAACUGUGAAAGAAUAUGGAUUUGUGUUCUGCAAAAAAAAAUUAAAGAAUAGGUGGAACCUGUUUGAGGAACUAAAAACAAGCGUGGUGCUUUGGGUUUUCUUGCUGUAGAUCAAUGGGAUAAGACUUCUCUUUGUUACCGUGUCAAGUGGUUUGCAUCAAUAUGAGCAGUUUGGCCACAUUGAACCCAUUUCUGUACUUUGUCCAUGCCUAAAAUUAGAAUAUUUACUAGACUGUUCUAUGGUGUCUGUAUAACAAUGCUUUUGACUUUUAGAGGUAGACUCCUUUGAUAGCACGUGACGUCUAUAAGAUGCUGAAGGACACCCUUGGGCACGAGUAUUAAAGUUUGUCAACAAGCA